GCUGAAGGUGAAGAGUGCGGAAUUUUCGACGCGGAAGAGCCGUUACGGCCCGCCAAGAAAUCUAAAAAGAAGAAAAAGGCAAAAGGGAUGAAUAGCAAAGAGUCCUCGCCAACAUCUUCACCUGAUGAUUUAAGAAUGACCAAAUACGCUACAGCUGCUACAAACGGACAAUAUAAAGGCUCUCGGAAUGAAAUACAUAAACCCGGCGCCGCGACUAAUUCAAAGAAGAAGAACACAAGGCCGCCGAAGCCCGACAAGCGGCUCUUUCAGGAGCCGCUACCUCUCGUGAUAAAGAGGGCAGGGAGAGUUCGGGAUCCGAGUUUUUGGCACUCCGUCCUGGUCGAGUUGGAGCAGAACCUCUUCCGCCGCAGCCGCCGCGACGUCGUGGUCGCGUUGGCAGGGCUCAGUCAGCACUACCCGAGGAACGAUUCAAUGAGUUCCGACAGUUGUGGCGGUGACAACGAAAGUUCGGUACAGCCAGAUCCGUACCUCGCUGUCGCACGGCCGGAGACGGGAGCGGAGAAAAGCGAAGGAGUAGGAGAAGCACAAGAUAGGAGUUUGGGAGCCUCGUCGACGUCUGGAGCAGGAGCUUUUGGUUCGACGCAGCAGAGAACAUCAAUGCUCUCCGACGGAGGUAUAGGAAUAGGGACCACGAGCCGGAGGCGUAGCGAGCCAGACCCGUUCUCGGAAAACUCCCGGCUGACGAGAAUACUCACCAAGUGGCUGACCCCGACCCGCCUGGCGGCCUUUCCGAUGCAGGACGUGGCACAAUUUGCGAAGCCGUUUCUCACGCGGGGUAGUGGUUUUGAUGACAUCUCCUCCUCCAGGGAGGUAGCCGCGAGUAGAAGAAGUGUUGGGGCCACGCCGCAUACUACAUCCACUAUCGCAGAGCUAUGCGUACAAGAAAUGGUGCGGAAGUUGAGCCAAGAAGAGAGUGCUCAUGAAAAAGAACAAACACCUACCGCUGACAACGUCGCACACGCGUUGCAUUUCUUGUUGUGGCACUGGGACAGAUUUCCAAGGCAGAUACUACAGAAAACUGCAGCAGCGCAUCUUCAUCAAACGGGUCGUGAAGUUGGAGUUGCAAUGCCAGCACAUCAGGAGGAAAAUAACGCGCCGAUCACGCGACUGGCGCGCGCAGCAUUCACCGCCCUGGACAAUACGUUGGACGCGUGGAAUGCUGCUGCUGUAAGAAGACUGGCACUUCUCAGCAGCGGCGGCACGAGCAGGGAGAAGGAGCAUAAGGAUGCAAGAUACCUGCAAGGUGACCACGACUCCGGCGUUCAAGCAAGGGGCAGCUGGAGCUACAACACUUUGCAGCCGCUUGCGCAGACCUGUUACGCGCUCGCGAAAAUACGCGAUGGAUCGAGUCGUCUCUCAGUCGAAGGGCUAGAUGAAAAUCGGCACCAGCAGCUUGAUGUCUACUGUGAGAAAAUGUCUUCCGCGUUGCUACACUUCUUCCGAAUUUGGGAAAUAAAGGACAGCCGCGGUGCAGCUGCUGAAGAGGAAGAGGGAGACUCAGACUGCACUUCUAGCACCAUGGUACGAAGGGACGGGGGGCCCGAGGAGGGGUCAUUGGAAAAUCUUCACGUCACUGCAGUGGACCUGUCCCAGAUUUGCUACUUCAUCGGCCGCAGCAAUAGUGCUGCGAGAACAUCUUCAACUCUAAAAGCAGGGAAUAAAACAUCACGCGGCGAUAAAUUUCAACCAGCGACCGAAUUAUCGCCGGAACAAAUCGAGCAAAACCUAAACCGUCAUGAGGAGAUACUGAUGCAUGUCGCGGCCAUUGUCGUCAAAAACGACAGUUGUUUACCUGGUCGAGCAGAUCAUGAUGCUGAAGACUCAGUUACAACUCCACCUUCGCCUCUGGACCUGUGCGCAGCCCACAUUCGUGUGAUCUCCAAAACCUUCUUCGAGUGCUCCUUGUUUUCGCAGCCGUUUCUCCUCGCGUUGUUGGCACAGUUGCAGCGAACUCCGGAGUGGAAGGGCCUCUGCCGGCUGCUGCGGGAACAACAUCAAAUGGAGAGCAUGAAAAGCGCGAAUAAAACCGCUACCGCUAGCAAUAGAAGUACAAGUACGACCUUUGCAUCAGAAGUAGAAGCGGGCGACGAGGAGCCAACUGUAUUCAACCAGGGAGCUGAUAAGAACAGUAUUGAUGGAGACCCGCUCGGGGCG